AUGUUCAGCUCACCCCUGAUCCACAGCGGCGGCAAGCAGGGCGUGCGCAGCAGCCCCCACCUGGGCGGCUCCUCGACGCCCGGCGGCGCCGCCGCCGGCGGGCCGUUUGCGGCGGGCGCCCUGCAGGACGGCGGCGGCGGCGCCGCCGGCGGCGGGGGGCUGGUCAACCCGUACCUCGCCGGCCUCCCCAGCCGGCGCGGCGGCCUGGCGGGCGCGGGGCGGCGCAACAGCGCGGGGCUCGACUUCCCGCAGCGGCUCACGCCCCUAGCCGAGGCGGCCCCCGGGCCGCGGCAGGUGCCGCCGCACGUCGCGGCUGCGGCGCGCGACGUGAUGACGGGCCCGCUCAUCAACAGCCGCCUGAGCGCCAUAGUCCUGUCGCACCUGCGCCAGCAGCACCGCGCCGCCUGCCUGGCUUCCGCCAACCCGGUGUCCACGCUGCCGCCGGUGUCGCUGCUGCGGCCCUACUCGCUGCCGGCCGCGCGGCGCGACCUGGAGGCGCCCCGUGGCGUCGCGACGCGCGUCGCGCGGCGCGAGGCGUUCGGAGGGCGCGGCGGCAGGGGGGGCGCCACUCUAGACCGGCGCCUGGUCUAUAGCCGCUUCCGCCCUGGCCACGUGCUGCGCGACGAGGGCUCCCUGCUAACCGCAGCCGCCUUUGCGCGCGGCUACGAGGUGCUGGUGGUCGGCUGCAGCGGCGGGGAGCUGCGGGUGCACGACGCGUACAGCGGGGAGGGCGUGGAUGAGGUGGCGGACGCGCACAGCGGGCCUGUGGUGAUGCUGCAGACCCACGAGCCGCCCGGCGUGUCCCUGGACGACCUGCUGCUGCUGUCGUCAUCGCGCCACGAGGUCAAGCUCUGGCGGGGCGCAGACGUGGGCGCGGGCCAUGCGCACGAGUUCCCCGGGCUCACGCGCGCGCGGUUCAACCCCGCGGGGACGCAGAUCGUCGGCGUCUCGUCGCUGCCGCCCCGUCGCGCGCUGAUCUACGACGCCGCCACCGGCGCGCAGCUGGCCGAGCUCGACGACUCCGCUGCCGCGGCCCUCGCGCGCGGCGGCGGCCAGCCGGGCGCGGACCGCGGGCGCGGCGCGGCGGCGGCGUGCUUCGGGCCGACGGGGGAGCUGCUGCUGUGGGGCACGACGCUGUGGGACCCGCGGGUGCCUGUGGCUGUGCACACGUUUGACCAGCUCAGCGAACACCAGGCCGCGGGCAGCGCGUUCCACCCUGGUGGGCUGGAGCUGAUCCUGAACAGCGAGGUGUGGGACCUCAGGACGUACAAGCUCAUGCGCAGCGUGCCCUGCCUGGACGCAACCUCUAUCACCUUCAACUCGGGCGGCGACGUCAUCUUCGCCCGCCUCCGCCGCCCCAGCGACGACUCGCUCGCCGCCCUGCUGCACCCGCGCCGCCGCCGCCACCCGCUGGCCACCGCGUUCCGCACCGUGGACGCCAGAUCGUACGCGGAGAUCGCGACCGUGGAUGUGGAGAGGGCUGUGCUCGAUCUGGCCCUCGACCCCACUGACUCAUACCUGGCUGUGGUGGCUGUGGACAUCGCGGCCGACACGACCGCGGUCAGCAGCAGCGUGCGGAUGUUUGAGGUGGGACGGCCGCGGCCGGCGCUGGACGACGAGAGUGAUGAGGCGGACGACGCGGAGGAUGAGGAGGAGGAGGAGGGCGACGAGGGUGACGAGGUGGACGAGUCGGCGGAGGAGGAGGCGGCCCUGGAGGACCUGCUGCUCGGCGCCGCCGCCGACGACGCCGUCGCCACCAUCGCCGCAGCCGCCGCUGCCGCGCCCGACGGCGCCGCCGCGGCGGCCGGCGGCAGCGACGACGGCGAAGAGGACGACGGCGGCGCCAACGAGGGCGGUGGCGGCGGCGCGGGCGCGCUGGCGGCGGUUUUCCGCCACCUGCAAGAGAUGGGGGGCGGCGCCGACGUCGACGUCGAGUUGGACAUAUCCGAUGCGGACGAGUUUGAGGAUGACGAGGAUGACGUGUCCGGCGGGGAUGAUCUGGGGGACGAGUACUUGGACGGCCUCGGGGCCGACGACGACGAAGAGGAGGAUGAGGAGGAUGAGGAAGAUGAGGAGGAUGCCGACGGGGCCGGCGGCGGCGGCGAUGAUGAUGAAGAGAUGGACCCGUUUGGCGGCGCGGCCGCAGACGCGGAGGCCGAGGAGGAGGCGGCGGGUGAGCUGGACCUGGACGAAGGGGGCCUGCAGCGGCGGGGCCGGGGCCAGGGGGGCUAG